ACUGCCCAACACGGAAGUAGUUUAAAGAACUCGCGCGGUUUCUUUAGCAUUACAUGUUUUGUUUAUAACGGAACGAGCACGAUGUCAAAACUAAAACGAAAGAAAUCAGCUGUUGACUAUAGACCCGAGCAGCAACCCGUGACUAAAAAGACGAAUGAGAGUUUGUGCAGAGUACAGGAAAGUCAUUGCAGCAAAACACUUAAAGACAGCUCUGCUGCUGAGGUUGCGUCAUGGUGGGAGAGAUCAGAAUUAAGUGAUGUGGAGAGAAUUUGGGCUCUUACUUUAAAGGCUCUUUGCCCAUCCCUGCAAACCCAUCAGGAAGAAUGUAUUCCCCAACUCCCUUCACCCUCAUCAACGCUUCUUCAGAGAACUCCUGUGGAUAAAGUAAGUGACUGGAAGUGGAGUAGUCCGGAUGAAAAUAUUACUGACCUUCCUGAUCUGCCUGCUCCAUCUUUCCUUAUUCAUCAACCUCGAGUGAUACACCCUACUUCGGACAUUGGGGAAUCUGAACCAGCAGAGACUAAGCAGACUACUAAUCGAGAGAAUUGUGACGUUUCAACUAACCAAGAGGGUGUAUCCAUAUGUGACCUGCAAACUACGCAGCAUCGCCGCUUAGAGGUUCAUGUAUUGUUAGAUAAAACGAGUGACACUUGUGGCCCGGCAGGGCAAAUCUCAGAACAGUUCGGAACGAUAUCUGGAGCAGGAGGAUCUGGAUCAGGGCUUAAAACUAAAUCAGGAGCAGUAGGAUCUGAGCUUGAAACGAAAUCUGGAGCAGGAGGAUCUGGUUCAGGUCUGAAAACAAAAACGGGACCAGGAGGAUCUGGAUCAGAGCUUGGAACGAUAUCUGGCCCAGGAGGAUCUGGAUCAGGGCUGAAAACAAAAUCAGGAGCAGGAGGAUCUGGAUUAGGGCUGAAAACAAAUUCGGGAGCAGGAGUUUCUGAGCUCGGAAUGAAAUCCAGAGCAGGAGGAUCUGGAACAGGGCUGAAAACAAAAUCGGGAGCAGGAGGAUCUGGAUCAGGGCUCGGAACGAAAUCUGGAGCAGAAGGAUCUGGAACAGGACUGAAAACAAAAUUGGUUUCAGGAGGAUCUAAAUCACUGUUUGGUACAAAAUCAGCAGGAGCAGAAAGAUCUGGAUCAGUCUUCAAUACAAAAUCUGGAUCUGGAUUAAACUUGGAAAAACCAGGAGCAGGAAAAUCUCAAUUAGAACUGGAAUGCUGCCCUAUGUGUCUGAUGCCAUUUCCUGCUGGGUUUUCCCAAAUGGAAUGUGACGGUCAUCUUGCACAGUGUUUAUCAGAGAUGAAUGCAGAUAUCGUCUGGUGAAAUAAGAUAUAAACCAGGAUGCCUGUAUAUCUUCAAUAUGUGCUUAACAGUGUGUGCUUGGAAAGCAUUUGGACCUUACAGGUAUUCUGCAUAUGUUUGACCUACAGUUAACAAAAAGAAAAAGAAAUAAUCAGAUGGAAAAAUUGCAAUAAAGACUUAACAUUG